GCAUGAAAGAAAGAGCGAUCGAAGGGGAAGGUUUGGGGAGAGGAUGAAACAAGAGGCUCGCUUACACAUGCAGGUCAGCAGGGGGUAGGCCAGCGCAGGACAGGGCUUGGAACGCAGGAGCGCCUAGAGCCAGGGUGCGCAGGGGGAUGCCAAAGAGAGAGACAGAAAGAGAGAGACGACGCCGCGCGUCGGACGGAGGCGAACCGACGACGCCGCCGUGGGUGAAGGAGAGAAGGAGGGAGGAAGACGGCCGUAGCCUGGCGCCUGCGUGUUCAUUCUCGAGAGCUCGCUCUCAUCCGAAAUCCAGGAUACCCAGUCGCGAGCGCGCCGCCGACACAGAGCAUUCGGAGGACGGAGGAUAACGGUCGCUGACCUGGCUGCCACCCGGCGAGAGGCGCAGUCCACCCUCUCUCGCGCUCGCUCCAAUCGCUGGCACCCUUGCUCGCUCCUACCAACGGAGCCACAAGUUUGAAUCCACGAGGAGAACCGGCCGGCCGGUCUGUUUGCCAGGAAGUUCGUUCGUCUCGUCGCGGUGUUCGACUGUCCUCGCCAGGUGCACCUGAGGACUUCCAGCAGCCUCUCAACCUCAGGUGGCCGUGCUUGGAAAGACUUCCUGCCAGGAAGACCAAGGUGCUCCGUCAGGGAGGCUCGUGUCCCGGGCGCCGGGAAGCCAGAGUUCAGGAGUAACCUGCGGGAGUAUUGGGAAGUUUAGGAAGAUCUCUAACCCUUCGCCUCAGGUGAUUUGGAAAGACAUUGGUGGAGAGACUUUGCUCGGGAAGACAAGAUAGAGUAGAGCGAUUGGUUUUGGGGGUUAGGACGCGCCCCAAGAAUUAGUCUUACGGGGAAGGUCCGAUUUGGAAGUUUCACUCGCGAAUCGAAGAAGUUUUUUCUCCAGUCGAAAAGGUUAUAGAGACACAGUGUUCCACGAAGGUGACUUUUUGGGAGACCGGAAGUGAUCGGCAAGGUUUGGUAUCGUGCAUUAACAAGGGUUAGUAACCCCGUGUUCUGAGGCGAGGAGCAACACCGCGGAAGGUCAGUUCGCUCGUAAAGAGGAACGACUGGUCUCAUCGUGCCGAGCGGUCUCCAGGCGGCGGAUUGGACGCUGAUCGGGAAUUACGGAUAAGCGUCGAAGGGGACGAGAAAUCAGCUCCCCUCAGAGUGGGUCGAAAGUUGAACAAAGUUGGGCAAUAGUCCGCAAAGUCCCAGGCUUGUUUUCAACCAAAAACACGGGAAACUGGAGGAGCACUAGCCGCGGGUGAGAAGCGUUGGGAGUGCCGAAGUAGUUCGUAUGCUUCGGUCAGCAUCGAGGAUUCGAGUAAAUCAGGAUCUUUGACAACGUAACCGGGACCUGGGGGACCCAAACUACCUGAAACGUGCGUAAUACACGAACUGCUGGGUGUCGGAGCUGAAACCAAUCCUGAUCGGUGCACGUGUCCACGAUACGAAUACGCUCGAACAGCAUAGAUGCACAGGAAUUUCCAUACUAAUGAUUAAAUCGUCGCCAUCGAGCACAACCAGCAGACAGAAGGGACGAUAGUGCGGCAGAACAUGACCCUCGCCGAAACGACCUGUUGUUGACGUUAUGGGGUGGAUCUUCCUUGCUAGUAUUUUACUCCUCUCCUUAUGCGCGGCGGGAUUGCCGUUGCCACAGGGCGGUGGCGGGGCGGGGGGCCAUGGACAGCCGCAGGCUGGCUCGCCGAGCACCCCAGGCCCCGGCGGUGGCAUAGCUGGCAGUGGUGCAAGCAGCACCCUCGGCGCUGCUGGCGGCGGUGCCUCUGGCUCUGGCAUCGGCGCCGCCGGUACAGUUGGUGUCGGUCUCGGUGUUACUGGAGGAACUACCGGCGGUGGAGCCGGUGGCGGUGCCGCCGGUGGUGGCACAGGUCGGUCCGCUGGACCGGCUCGUCGGGGCCGAGGGUGGCGCGACUGGCGCCGCGGCGACCCCACCCUUAUCAAAGGACUUUGGAAGUCGAAGGGACCUCUAGAUUCUUUAGGAAACGCGGAGGUGUAUAUCUUCCUAGCGCUGCUGAUCGGUUUCAUCACCGUGGUGGUGGGCUGCUGGCUGUCGGACAACUGCUGGUCACCUGAGCCCGAAGGAGUGGUCACACUCGCAUAGCCUAGUGCAGACUUCCGUUCGUCCAGGCGAUAACAACUACCGCGCCGGCCCUCCUACAGGAGCUUUCAGGACAUCGGCCAGUCGGAACGGCAGAACGUCGCUGGGAAUCAGCGGCCGUUGCUCGAUAUUAACGACAACCACACGCUACUACCGAUAUGACGCGAGAAUCUUGUCGCGUGAACCCCACUUACGCGAUGGACUCCACCUGUUACGUAUUACCAACGUUCGCACGGUACCGUACAACAUCGCCGGAGCUGAAAGCCCAAACGUUCAUCGAAAUAUCGACAUAUCCGACGCUGGAGCACGAUUCGCGAUGCUCGCGACGCACUGCGACUCGUCGAGGUGGAUCUGUUGACCGAGGAAGGAUCCAGGAGUGGAAUUAGCGAGAUUGGAGACGGUACAGUCGGAGGAACAAACAUGGCGACUUGGUUAAGUCAGUUACCAGCGGUGAAGCGAUUACUUUGUAGGGGAUGAACCGCUAAAUAGGUUUCCCAUGAGAGUACGGAUGCCUACUGUUGACGUCUGCUCACUUUGGGAGGCUGAGACCACCGCUUCGAGAUGGAUAGGAAUUUUUGGAACUCAGCCAAGGUUUAAGGCUCAGUAAUGUCUAGAAUGGUACCGUGUAUUGGCUCCAGUUUCUCUGAGUCGCUAUUUCUGUUCCAUCGAAUGUGCUCGAAGUCAGUUCACAGCCAGAAACGCAUGACUCCCACUGGUGCUCAAGGGUAUCACGCUCAAAGUUGUUUUUCCUAAGGAAAAUCUUCAAAAGACUCCCUCAAAGUUUUGAGGAAGGCUGAGGAAUAGUUUGGGAUUCCCCAGAGUAUCCACUGAAACUAGUACACCACGAUCUCCUACUGCAUUAUGAGAGUUCUAGGUUCAAGAACACCCAUGCCAAGGUGUCCAUGCUCAUUAAAGACCAGCGAAUGCCUCUAUAACCCAAAUUAUUUUUGACUCGCACGGAAAGCUAUCUACGAAGAUGAAUUUUUAUGGAAAGAAGCUUUCCCAAUGUAAGAAAUUCUAUUGUAAAGGACGUAAUGGCCAUAUUGUUCUUUUGACGUCCCGACGCACGAUGGUGACGACAUCGGGUUUUGAAAGAGUAGCUCAGCAAGUUAAAUAAGAUCCCGACCUCGGUUCGACGUUGAUUCUUGUCAUGCUUCCACAGAGUCGAUGAUCGAUUAACCGAUAAAUAUUUCAUGGGGGGAGCGGGACUGAAGCCUCAGGGGCUGGGUUUCGUGCAUUUAGGCAUUAUACAGGCCCGUUAGAUUCUUCUCGGAGCCAACGGUCCUUUCACGGGAGUGCCACGAUUAUAGGGAUCCUACUCACGGAAGCGUAUCCAACGACUAUGUCGUGCUAUCGUUCAAACUAAGAGUGGUCGUGUUCGUUGAGCCAAACAAUAGCCAGGGAUAUCUCUAGCGGUUGGUCACCUUCCUUUCUCCACCGAGACCUACAUUUGUUGUUGAUGGCUUCCCUGAGUAAUCCUUGCUGCUGUUCUGGGUUCAGUUAACCCAGAAACGUAUCCCUCGUUCCAUGGUGGUAAUUGUUUGGAAGGCUAUCGCACAACCCUAGGAGUGAUAUAGGUCUAGGCGAUAGUCUAAUCGUCUGGUCUCAACUCCGCUACUCGUUACGUCGAGCUCAAGCUACCACUUCAGGACUCGUAGCUCAGAUUUAACUCUUCAUGCUUCAUCCAACUGGAGCGAAAGAACGAUAAGAUACGUAUUAUUAAGGUUCUUAAUCGCAACGAAGUCAAAAUGAUCUCGUGACGGUCCGAAGGGUUAACUUGCUGAGUUAUUUAUGGGUGCAUUACGCCAUGGUCAUCUAGGGUUGUAGAGGGUUAUGAUAUUUCGCGUUGAACGUGAUCCCUUGAAUGCUAGUUAGCAUUAAACACGAGUAGGGCUGAUAUCGCGAUGCUACGAUUGGCCGACGCGAUCUGUGAUCGCUCGUACGAAUCUGCGCGCGUAUCGACGAGACACUGGGAUAUGGCGCGCGCGGGAAAUUUGAAAGUCUAUAUCAGGUAACUUCGUCGAUGGUUUUCGACAUCGACUAAGUUUACACGGCUUGAUUUACACCGAUUAUAUCAUCGAUGUUGUAACUCUUGCUGGUAAGUGUCGUGUAAAUAUUACGGGACGUAACUCGAUAUGG